ACAGCCUGGCUGCUGCAGGACUGGCCCAGGCACCGUGUGGUGGCUGAGGUGGCCCUGCCGACAGAGUGCUCUGCGUCUGCAGUGUUGCUAUGUCCAUGUGGGAAGUGCUGCUGUCCCAGCGCCUCGUCUUGGAGAACGUCCUGAGGGAGCUGAGCAUCAGGUUCCACUACCUGAGUGUGCAAUGGAGAUUCAGCUCCUACAAAGCGGAGGCCUGCAUCCAGCUCUUGGCUCUGCUCGCCUCCAGCCAUGUGACACCAAAAAUGUUUGCUGGGGUGUACGAAAUCCGGAAGGUGCUGAUGCCUCCAAGGCUGCUCUCCCUGGUGCUCCAAGGCCUCGUCACACUGUCACAGUCACCUGACUCGGCAAGGAAAAUACUGGUCAUGCUGCCAGACUUGAUGAAGACCCUGCAGAAUGCCCACAGCGACAACAAGAUGAAGGCCCUGCUCACGUUCAGAAACGUAAUAGGUCACUUGAAGAAGAAGGCCAGCUCCAUCGCUCUGGAGCUGGCCGAGAAGCUCCUUCAACUCUUUGAUGAUGAGUGCAGCCAGACGCAAGAGCUCUCCAUCUGCCUCUUCAAAGAUGCAAUACAGAUGGCGGAUUGGAAGGACAAGCGGCAGAUGCAGAAGAAGGUGCGGAGGAGCCUGGUCCCACUCAUGUUGCACAUGAGUGACGAGAUCGAGAGCGUGGCCAAGGCCUCUCAGGAAGCCAUCUGUGCAGCUGCGAAGGUGCUCAAAUGGGAAUGGCUCAGUCACCACGUGCAGACACUGGAGAGAUGGCAAACUGUGCAGCGCUUGGUGAGGACAAGUCCCAGGCUGGACACGGGGUGCUCCUCUCACCUCCCCACCCUCAGGAUGUUGCAGGAGGCACAUCUGGGCCCUGGCAGUGGCACAGGGGGCUCUCAGGAGCUCCAGACCCUGCUCUGCCUGCAGCUGUCUCUGAACCUCAGCCCCACAGGGCUCCUGGCUGGGAGACACACAUGGCCUGAGGAACAAGGGGAGGUGUGGGGUGCUGGUAGGAGGGAACGGCCCAGGCGACUGGGGAAGGUCUGUGUCAGCCCUGGGCCUUUGUGCUCUUUCCAGUUGGAGCAGGAGCAGAGCAGAGCAGAAGAAUAUGUGCGUCAGAGCCUGCUUUACCUGCAGCACGCUCAGGUCAGCGUGCGACUGGCAGCUGUGAGGUUCAUUGGUAAGCCGCGGCCCCUGGAGUCCCUCUUUUGGCAGCCUGGCCCCAGUCCCAUCUGCUGCACUGGCAGCGAGGAGCAGCCCUGUGGCUGCCAGAGCAUCGACUGCCCCGUGCAAGGCCUGUGCAGCCAGGGGCUCUUGUGCUUCCCUCUCCAACCCCUGCCCUCGCAGCGGGGCUCAGGGGCACCUUGCUCAGUGCCACCUCCCCCUGCGUCCUGUCCUUCCCUGGGGUCACCCUGCUGAGGGGAGGAAGGGGUGCAGCCAAACCGGCAGAGGCGGGGCCGUGCUGCCGGGAGCGUGCUGGGCAGCAGCAGGUCUGAUGGAGCUCUCUGCACAGGGAUGGCCGCUCGGUGCCUGAAGGAGAGCCGCGCGGACAAGCUCCUGGAGGUUUGCGAAGGUAAGCAGGGACAGUGCUGUGUGUGCUGGGGCUGGUGGGGCAGGGGACAGAGCCUGGGCAGCGUGCUGCCAUGCCCUGUCCUGCUCCAGGGAACAUCUCGGGGGCAUUUGUUGCAUUCCUGAGCAGCAGCUUCCAGGUGAUCCGUUUGCCCCGCCUGCGCCUCCUGACCAGGGAAAGGGAUGGCUGGGGCUGGCAUGGUCUGGAAGGGAUGCCUGCUGGUCUCUGCAGAUUGGUGGGUUUCAGCUCUGCUCUCUUUCCUUCUCUUGCAGCCCUCCAUGCUCUGAGAAGCGACGAGGAAUCCCAAGUCUCCUCCCUGGCAUCUCAGACAAUACACAUCCUCACCUGUUUACACGCGCGGCCA